ACUUUUUCGUUCCAUCGUUUGGUCAACUCAAUUCCUGCCAUUUUUAUUUAUCCUGACUUUAAAAUUACCUUUUCUCUUUUGUUCGUCGCGCUGCUCGCGCUUGCAUACCCGGACAAAAGCGCCGUGCUGCCCAGGAGGCUCAUAUUAUUGCCCUAAAUAUGCAGCUAGAGGAAGCCCAACAGUCCGCCAAAACUUUUCCAACAUGGCCUGCAACAUGGCUGCCAACUUUGAACGCUCGAUGACAGAGCCAAGAAGUGCCACAAGAUGGAACUUGCCGAUGCUGUGGAAAAUCUCACCCAGAAAUCCGCAAGGCCUUGCAUGAGGCCGAAGCUAACCACGCAAGAGGCCUGCAGGUCGCCGAGGAUCAGAUUCGGAGUGGUCGAUCAAGCAGCCAAGGACAAACUCGAACUCCAGGCUGAGAUAAUCCAAAUUCGCGACAACAUCAAGAACGUCAAGGACAAGAUGGCGGUAGCAGUGAAUGCUGACCCGAAAGUCCCUGCGCUAGCGUUGAAUGGAUCCGCAAAUACUUUAGUCCAAUCCGAGACUCCAAUGGAUACAUCAAGCGCUGAUGCAGCUCUUGCCAACCAGAAAUGCCGCCGUAACCGCAAGAUCAUCCAGUUCAACCUCUAUCUGGCCCGGGCAAUGUUCCUGUCCAAGCAUAUGUUUGAGCUUGAGGAUGCUACUGUGGAUGGGCUGCGAGUUGCCGAGUUGUAUCUUUUGCUUGACAACAACAAUGGCGUGGAUGCGCUUGACAGGUACUUUUUUUUAACAACCUGAAGUGCUUCAACGCGGAUAAGAAUAAUAACAAUAUGGAGGCGAGGUGCUUGGAUCCCGACUUCUUCCGCCAAAUCCCCAGCAUUGCGAGCAGAAUCUGAGCAAUAAAAACGACUGGGCCACUUGGAUGACUACUCUUUGAUUGUCUGCGCUUUGCCGGCGAAGCGCAUUUUGUAUUUUCCACCCACUUUUUAUUUUAAUUUUCUGUAUAAUAUUCAAUUUCAACUUCAUAUUUUAAUUUCUCAAUGCCAUCGAAGAUUA